GUAAAAUGCUCGGGAGCUGGCACGCUUAGUACAGGAUAGUGACAAAUACCAUCACUUUUAUUAAUGUCCUUUUAAAAUGUAACAAUGCAUUUCAGUUGCCUUCUUUAGCGAUGCAGUUAUGCAAAAUGGUUUAAAAAUGCUCAUAAAGGAAUUUUAUAUGUUUUUUCCAAGGACUAUCAUGAGAAGAAAGUAAAGCAACAUGGUUUAACUGGAUAGCUAAUCAUCCAGGUUCUAGUCUGAGUCCUCACCCUACAUCCCAGUCCUUACCUUGUACACAUCUCUCCAUUUUUACUUGAGGGAACGGCCUAGGCAAACAAUAGCCUGGACGCUAAAUGGAACAUUAUGAAGCAUUUCAAAUAUGAAGUGGACCUCCAUGAUUCUCUACGGCUCUGUCCAGCCUUUGGGCCCAUCAGGCCCACCCUCCUUUGCACGCUGCCUUCCAGGGCUGUGUGGUGCAGGAAUCGGAGCGCGAGAAAAGAGAGGGAGCUCCCUCGGUUUCCCCAGCAUCACAGCGUGUGCUGCUGGUGCUGCCCCUCGCCAUGUCUUCUCCCUGGACUUUCAGAAUCAAGCGAUUCCUGGCCAAGAAACAAAAGCAGAAUCGUCCCAUUCCUCAGUGGAUUCAAAUGAAAACUGGUAACGACAUCCAGUACAACUCUAAGAGGACGCCCUGGGGAAGAACCACACUGGGUCUAUAAGGAAUAAUACGAGAUGGCACGUACAUUUAUGCUGUAUCAAAGUCACAUGCUCUCAUCUCACUCUAAGUAUAGCUACUAUUUGGGUAGUUGGGUGGGUUUUACUGGGGAAAUGAUUUUUUUUGUUUCUAUGCCUCUGCACUAGUCUGUUGAUUCAGUAAUAUGUAAAAC